AUGCUGGUGCCGGGCAACGGAAGCCUCGUGCCUGGGCCCAACCUGAGCUUGCAGGUCGUCCCUUCCGGCCCAACGUCAAACACCACGCCCGGGUACGCAGCCUGCAGGAUGUGUCCGCCGGGGUACUACAAGCCUGAGAAAGGCCUCAAGAGCUGCUCAGCAUGCCCGCCCGGCACGUACAGCAACGGGUCACGCGCCGCCUCCUGCUCCGGUAACUGCAGCUCGUCUGCUGCUCUCGAGGCCUGGGGUGCGACGGGAUGCACGGGCUGUCCUACCCACUCGACCUCCCUCCGGGGCAGCUCGUCGCAGGCAGACUGCAUCUGCGAGGGAGGCUUCUACGACGCUGGGGCGGGGUCGAUGACUAGGCAGGGGGUCAACGCUGCUGCGAACGCUUCCCGCGCGGGCGGGCCAGAUUGCCGGCCAUGCGCUGAGGGAAGCUACAGCAACGGCACGGGCUCCUCCGUCUGUGCGCAGUGCCCUGCCAAUGCGGUCUCGGCGGCAGGCAGCUCGUUUGUAUGGGAGUGCAAGUGUCAUGCCGGCUUCUACGACGCCAGCCCGCUGGCCAACCUGUCGGGCGCAAGGCGAUGGGGCCCAGCUUGCAGCCCGUGCGCUGCUGGGUCCUACAGCGACCUCCAGGGAUCGACCGCCUGCACAGCCUGCCCCGCAGGUAUGACGUCCAGGCUUACGGGCAGCACCAGCAUCCUCGAUUGUCAAUGCAUGAGCGGCAUGUACAUGGACCCCAAGAGUGGUGACUGCGUCACAUGUCUGCCAGGAACGUACAACAACGAGAGCCGACUUACUUUCUGUCAACACUGCCCGUCGCACACGCAAUCGCAAGCCGGAUCCUCCAGCAUACACGACUGUCUGUGCGACUUGGGCUUCUUCAGCAGUCCGAAUGGCUCCACUGCCUGCAGCUCAUGUCCAGCAGGACACUACAACGACGAGCUUGGAGCGACGUACUGUAAGAGAUGCGGUAGCCAUCAAACCUCUCCCGCACAGAGCACAUCCAUCAGCGACUGUGAGUGCUUGCCGGGCUUCAGCCCUGGCUGGCUUGCCAACGUCUCCGCAGGCGGGCAGCAGCCCCUCGAUCGCUUCGGCUGCGAUCCGUGCCAGCCAGGAACUUACAAGCCGGGGCCCGGCAACGGGACAUGUACGAACUGUCCGGCGGGGUCAUACGCGUCCGAGGGCGGAGCGACGAGCUGCACGGCCUGUCCCCCGCAUUCCUCGUCUGCGGCGGGCAGCGUGUCACAAGCCGACUGCGGAUGCGAGGCAGGCUACAUGCUGGUGCCGGGCAACGGAAGCCUCGUGCCUGGGCCCAACCUGAGCUUGCAGGUCGUCCCUUCCGGCCCAACGUCAAACACCACGCCCGGGUACGCAGCCUGCAGGAUGUGUCCGCCGGGGUACUACAAGCCUGAGAAAGGCCUCAAGAGCUGCUCAGCAUGCCCGCCCGGCACGUACAGCAACGGGUCACGCGCCGCCUCCUGCUCCGGUAACUGCAGCUCGUCUGCUGCUCUCGAGGCCUGGGGUGCGACGGGAUGCACGGGCUGUCCUACCCACUCGACCUCCCUCCGGGGCAGCUCGUCGCAGGCAGACUGCAUCUGCGAGGGAGGCUUCUACGACGCUGGGGCGGGGUCGAUGACUAGGCAGGGGGAACGUACAACAACGAGAGCCGACUUACUUUCUGUCAACACUGCCCGUCGCACACGCAAUCGCAAGCCGGGAUCCUCCAGCAUACACGACUGUCUGUGCGACUUGGGCUUCUUCAGCAGUCCGAAUGGCUCCACUGCCUGCAGCUCAUGUCCAGCAGGACACUACAACGACGAGCUUGGAGCGACGUACUGUAAGAGAUGCGGUAGCCAUCAAACCUCUCCCGCACAGAGCACAUCCAUCAGCGACUGUGAGUGCUUGCCGGGCUUCAGCCCUGGCUGGCUUGCCAACGUCUCCGCAGGCGGGCAGCAGCCCCUCGAUCGCUUCGGCUGCGAUCCGUGCCAGCCAGGAACUUACAAGCCGGGGCGCGGGCAGCAGCCCCUCGAUCGCUACUGUCCGGCGGGGUCAUACGCGUCCGAGGGCGGAGCGACGAGCUGCACGGCCUGUCCCCCGCAUUCCUCGUCUGACCCUGGAUCGUUCAACGUCCAAAUGUGCAGAUGCAUUAUAUCGAUGUAUUCCUCGUCGUCAGGCGGAUGCUUCAAGUGUCCAUCGAUUGACGAUUGCGGAUGCGAGGCAGGCUACAUGCUGGUGCCGGGCAACGGAAGCCUCGUGCCUGGGCCCAACCUGAGCUUGCAGGUCGUCCCUUCCGGCCCAACGUCAAACACCACGCCCGGGUACGCAGCCUGCAGGAUGUGUCCGCCGGGGUACUACAAGCCUGAGAAAGGCCUCAAGAGCUGCUCAGCAUGCCCGCCCGGCACGUACAGCAACGGGUCACGCGCCGCCUCCUGCUCCGGUAACUGCAGCUCGUCUGCUGCUCUCGAGGCCUGGGGUGCGACGGGAUGCACGGGCUGUCCUACCCACUCGACCUCCCUCCGGGGCAGCUCGUCGCAGGCAGACUGCAUCUGCGAGGGAGGCUUCUACGACGCUGGGGCGGGGUCGAUGACUAGGCAGGGGGUCAACGCUGCUGCGAACGCUUCCCGCGCGGGCGGGCCAGAUUGCCGGCCAUGCGCUGAGGGAAGCUACAGCAACGGCACGGGCUCCUCCGUCUGUGCGCAGUGCCCUGCCAAUGCGGUCUCGGCGGCAGGCAGCUCGUUUGUAUGGGAGUGCAAGUGUCAUGCCGGCUUCUACGACGCCAGCCCGCUGGCCAACCUGUCGGGCGCAAGGCGAUGGGGCCCAGCUUGCAGCCCGUGCGCUGCUGGGUCCUACAGCGACCUCCAGGGAUCGACCGCCUGCACAGCCUGCCCCGCAGGUAUGACGUCCAGGCUUACGGGCAGCACCAGCAUCCUCGAUUGUCAAUGCAUGAGCGGCAUGUACAUGGACCCCAAGAGUGGUGACUGCGUCACAUGUCUGCCAGGAACGUACAACAACGAGAGCCGACUUACUUUCUGUCAACACUGCCCGUCGCACACGCAAUCGCAAGCCGGAUCCUCCAGCAUACACGACUGUCUGUGCGACUUGGGCUUCUUCAGCAGUCCGAAUGGCUCCACUGCCUGCAGCUCAUGUCCAGCAGGACACUACAACGACGAGCUUGGAGCGACGUACUGUAAGAGAUGCGGUAGCCAUCAAACCUCUCCCGCACAGAGCACAUCCAUCAGCGACUGUGAGUGCUUGCCGGGCUUCAGCCCUGGCUGGCUUGCCAACGUCUCCGCAGGCGGGCAGCAGCCCCUCGAUCGCUUCGGCUGCGAUCCGUGCCAGCCAGGAACUUACAAGCCGGGGCCCGGCAACGGGACAU